AGUUGACCGUACGACGACAAUCUAUGUCCAAAUAAUCCAGUAACUCGAGGUGAACUCAUGCAUCUGCAAUAUAUAACUAGACAGAUAGCGCACCCCAAUUGCCAACGCUUACUAGCUAAAAUGUUGUCUACCUCCACCAAGACCAGUCAUCUCGAGCGGACAGCAGCAGAGCCGCGCGACAGGUCUCUCAACACAGUCACGAUAAGGAGGAUAGAUCAAGUAAACGACGCGAUACGGCUCUUUCGUCUCGAGGUCCCAACUCCGGGCCCUCCUGUUCACUUCCUAGCCGGCCAAUGGCUCGACGUUUUCGUCCCCGGUAUCCCCAAGCCCGGCGGCUUCACCAUCACCUCGCCACCCUCCAGGGCUCGGCCCGGCGUCGGCACAGGUGCGAGCGUGGACCCGGAAUCAAGACCGGGGUACGUCGAGCUGGCGAUACAGAAAUCCCCCGACAACCCGCCCGCGGCUUGGCUGUGGCGGGACCCUCCCUCCCCUAUCCUCGGCAGAGAGCUCCGCGUCCGUGUGGGCGGGUCCUUCGUCUGGCCACCCCCGGGCAUCGAUGUCGGCGCGCUCAGGCGGGUGGUGUUCGUCGCCGGGGGCGUCGGUGUCAAUCCGCUGGUCAGCAUGCUGAGCGAUAUCGCGGAGAAGGGAGGUGCGGGGUUCGAGGCGAGGUUCUUGUACUCGAUGAGGGAUCCCGGCGGGGGAAAGAGAGAUGCCACGCAGAUGCUGUUCCUGGAGAGGCUACAGGAUAUCUUUGGAGGUGGCAAGCUGAGGGGGAGGUUGCAACUGUAUCUGACAGGCGGCGCAGAAGAGAGCGGGUCGUUGAAAUGUGGCGAUGGCGAGGUAAAUUUUGUUGGAAGGAGGAUAGAUAAACGCGACCUAGAAGAGGCUGUUGGCUCUGUGUCAGACAGACGGUUCGCAGUCGCAUAUGUCUGUGGUGUGCCAACGAUGACCGACGGAUUCGUGAAAGACCUAACGGACAAGGAUGGCCUGGGAAUGGCGUCCCGUAUGGUGCUGUGUGAGAAAUGGUGGUAGGACUCUAUGAACAAGACGACGUAGAGUAACGGCAUGUUAGACACACGCUUGAUAUAUUCUAGACGUUUCUCACUGUGCACCAGUGAAUGAAGAGAAGAAGAAGAAGAAGAAGAAGAAGAAGAAGAAGAAGAAGAAGAAGAAGAAGAGGAGGAGGGAGAAAUAGGAAUGGUUUCUAUUACACAGGGAAGUGGUUCGCU